AGGGCCAGAGCAAGCCCCGGAACUCUACUCUGACUAUCUGUCCCACGACACACACACAUCUCUUCAAGGGAUAGUCUUGACCAGGAGAUGGAGGAACUGGAAGAGAGUGAGUUUUAAGGAUAAUCAGCACACACAUGUUUCCUCAGGUAACUGCGUGCUAAGGUGAAUUCCUAGUCAGAAAGAAAUAUCCGUUAUCCAACCCAGGUUAGGUAGGGAAACCAAUUAUUUCUCAAUCCUAGUAUGUUCUGGAAUGACCCAUUUAUCCACGUCAUUGUGACCUAAGAGUGUGUGAAUGGAACGCACAGUUGUAGACCUCUGUACAUAGAACAGCUGUCAUGUCCCUAGGAAAUACAACUUUUUGUAUUGAGAAGUUUAAAAAAAUUUUUUUUUUUAAAGAGAGGUAGCCCGUGCUAAAUAUAGCUACAUUGCAGAAGUUCAUUUACCAGCUCUUGCUUACAAUGCAAAAAAAAAGAAAAGAAAAAAAAAAUUAAGCUAAAAUACUUCAUGGUUUAAAAGGGGGAGGAGGAGCUUGAAUAACCUUUGCCAGGAAGUCUGCAAAAGGAGAGGCCCCGGGCCUUCGGUAUAAAAGGGGGACACAGAGGAGGAGGUCUGCACGUUAGGGGCUUGCUCUCCCAGCACCAAAGCCACAAGGCAGCCUCGCAGAAGACAGAGUUCCACCAUGCCCGGCUCAGCACUGCUCUGCUGCCUGCUCUUACUGGCUGAGGUGGGGACCAGCAGAGGCCACAACACCCAGGAGGGAAUUAAUUGCACCCACUUCCCGGACAGCCAGACCUACACGCUUCGAGAGCUGCGGGCUGCCUUCGACCAGGUGAAGACUUUCUUUCAAAAGAAGGACCAGCUGGACAGCAUACUGCUAACCGAUUCCUUAAUGAAGGACUUUAAGGGUUACCUGGGUUGCCAAGCCUUAUCAGAAAUGAUCCAGUUUUACCUGGUAGAAGUGAUGCCCCAGGCAGAGAACCAUGGCCCAGAAAUCAAGGAGCAUUUGAAUUUCCUGGGAGAGAAGCUGAAGACCCUCAGGAGGCGGCUGCAGCGCUGUCAUCGAUUUCUCCCCUGUGAAAAUAAGAGCAAGGCUGUGGAGCAGGUGAAGAGUGAUUUUAAUAAGCUCCAAGAGAACGGCGUCUACAAGGCCAUGAGUGAGUUUGACAUCUUCAUCAACUGCAUAGAAGCGUACAUCACCAUCAGAAUGAAAAACUGAAACAUCCAGGGUGUGUGAUGAAUCUACGAUGCCAGGGCUUAGCCAGAGCUCUCUGAAUCUGAUCCAGGGACUCUUAGCGAGCGCAAGCAACUCCUUGGAAAACCUCAUUGUACCUCUCUCCAAAAUAUUUAUUACCUCUGAUAAUACCUCGGUUCCCUUCCUAUUUAUUCACUGAGCUUCUCUGUGAACUAUUUAGAAAGAAGCCCAAUAUUAUAAUUUCACAGUAUUUAUUGUUUUUAACCUGUGUUUAAGCUAUUUCCACAGGGGACACUUUUUUGUGGUCAUUGAGUGUUCUAAGGGAAAUUAUAUUCUAUAAUGGGGUGGGGGAGGGGGUCUUCUUUGGGAAGCCAACUGAAGCUUCCGUUCUAAGGCUGGCCACACUUUAUAGCUACCGACGUGUUUACUGUGGUGUUCUCUAAUUUCUUUCCUUCCUGGGUUCAGAGCUCCUGACGUAGUUGUGAAGACUCUUACAGGACUUAGGCAAAGAAACUAGAGAGCUCCCUUGGUGAUUAUCCUUCCAACAGCUCAGAGGGAUUCCCCUGACCUCAUUCUCCAACCAUUUUGUUCUUGAAAGCUGUGGCCAGUUUAUUUAUAACCACCUAAAAUUAGUUCUAAUAGAACUCAUUUUUAACUAGAAGUAAUUCAAUUCCUCUGGGAAUGGUGUAUGGUUUGUCUGUUUUUAUAGCAGAUUCUAAUUUUAAAUAAAUGGAUCU